CGUCCAGCAGCUGAUCGGUAAUCCAGAAGAAGUUACCCCUCAGUUAGCGGGGAGCUACACUUUGAAGCAGGAGACUCCACAACCACCCUGCAUUAAAAAGGAAGAGGAGGAACUCUGCAUCACUCAGGAGGGAGAGUGUCUUCUAGGACGAGAGGAAGCUGAUUACACCAAGUUUCCACUGAGUAUUCUCUCUGUGAAGACUGAAGAUGAUGAAGAGAAACCACAAGUAGACAACCUCUUAGCUCCACUAUCAGAUAGUGAGGCUGAAGACGAGGUUGAAGAACCUUUGAGCAGCGAUAAAGACUGUGAAGGUGAUAUGAGGACUCACACUGACAACAAACACUCUGAAUGCUCUACAAAGAAGAGAGGUAAAACAUGUUUGAGCUGCUCAGUUUGUGCUGAAAGUUUUACUCAAAAGAGCAGUUUGACUCGACACAUGAGAACACACACAGGUGAAAAACCAUUCAGUUGUUCAGUUUGUGCCAAAAGCUAUUCUCGAAAAUGUGGUUUGAUUCAACACAUGAGAACACACACAGGAGAAAAACCGUUUAAUUGUUCAGUUUGUGGCAAAAGCUUUUCUGUUAAGAGUAAUUUGACUGAACACAUGAGAACACACACAGGUGAAAAACCAUUUAAUUGUUCAGUUUGUGGCAAAAGCUUUUCUGUUAAGAGUAAUUUGACUGAACACAUGAGAACACACACAGGUGAAAAACCAUUUAAUUGUUCAGUUUGUUGCAAAGGCUUUUCUCAAAAUAACUAUUUGACUCACCACAUGAGAAUACACACAGGAGAAAAACCAUGUACUUGUUCAGUUUGUGACAAAGGCUUUUCUCAAAAUAGCUAUUUGACUAAACACAUGAGAACACACACAGGUGAAAAACCAUUUAGUUGUUCAGUGUGCUGUAAAAGCUUUUCUCAAAAUAGAUAUUUGACUCGACACAUGAGAACACACACAGGUGAAAAACCAUUUAGUUGUUCAGUUUGUGGCAACAGCUUUUCUCAAAAUAGCAAUCUGACUCAACACAUGAGAACACACACAGGAGAAAAAACAUGUACUUGUUCAGUUUGUGGCAAAGGCUAUUAUGAAAAAAGCUAUUUGACUAAACACAUGAGAACACACACAGGUGAAAAACCAUUUAGUUGUUCAGUUUGUGGCAACAGCUUUUCUCAAAAUAGCCAUUUGACUCAACACAUGAGAACACACACAGGUGAAAAACCAUUUAAUUGUUCAAUUUGUGGUGAAAACUUUUCUUAUAAGAACCGUUUGACUGAACACAUGAGAACACACACAGGAGAAAAAACAUGUACUUGUUCAGUUUGUGGCAAAGGCUUUUAUGAAAAUAGCUAUUUGACUAAACACAUGAGAACACACACAGGAGAAAAACCAUUUAGUUGUUCAGUUUGUGGCAACAGCUUUUCUCAGAAUAGCCAUUUGACUCAACACAUGAGAACACAUACAGGUGAAAAACCAUUUAAUUGUUCAAUUUGUGGUGAAAACUUUUCUAUUAAGAACCGUUUGACUGAACACAUGAGAACACACACAGGUGAAAAACCAUUUAAUUGUUCAAUUUGUGGUGAAAACUUUUCUAUUAAGAACCGUUUGACUGAACACAUGAGAACACACACAUGUGAAAAACCAUUUAGUUGUUCAGUGUGCUGUAAAAGGUUCCAACAUAAAGCAGUCGCAGUAAAACACAUAAGAACACACAAGAGAAAAUAACCAAUUAGUUGUUUAGUUUGUGGUAUGUUGCUCAUAUUUGGUGACAUUCACCCUACCCAGGACCUCCUCACUGCUUCUUUCACAAAUAUCUGAGGUAUUCAUACAAACUUGGAUUAUUUGGAGCAUAAUCUUAUCCACUCAUGACCCCAUGUCUUCUCUGUAUCUGAAACCUUCCUGAACAGUAAGAUAGAUGAUGCUUCAAGUGCUUGGUUACUCCUUCUUCAGUCCAGGGACCUGGGGC